UCCAAUUUGGAUGCGCGUCUCAGUACGAAGCCUGGUGCGCGCUCCUGUAGCGGCAGGAAACAUGGCGGCGCUCAUGUCUCUCUCUCAGCUCUCCAGUGGAAGCCUGGUGUAUGAGACCUACUACAGACAGGUGGACCGUGGAAACACGGGCAGAGUCGGCCCCACUGAAGCUGCUCUCUUCCUGAAGAAGUCAGAACUCUCAGACUCUACCCUGGGAAAGAUUUGGGAGUUGGCUGAUCCAGAUGGAAAAGGCUACUUGGACAAACAGGGUUUCUUUGUGGCGCUGCGGCUGGUGGCCUGCGCCCAGAAUGGUAAAGAUGUCAGCAUCGCCAGCCUCAGCCUCCCUGUCACGCCCCCCAAAUUUAGGGAUACAAGCAGCCCUUCGCUGAGCACAACCUCAUUCACCGGUGACUCCCAUUGGGCCGUCAGGAUGGAGGAGAGGGGGAAGUUUGAGGGUAUUUUUGAAAGCCUGGCUCCAGUGAAUGGGCUGCUCUCUGGAGACAAGGUGAAGCCUGUGCUGAUGAACUCUAAACUGCCCCUGGAUGUGCUGGGGAGGAUUUGGGAUCUCAGUGACAUUGAUAAAGAUGGACACUUGGACAAAGAUGAGUUUGCAGUGGCAAUGCACUUGGUAUACCGUGCUAUGGAGAAGGAACCAGUCCCCUUCUCCCUGCCCCCCUCCCUCAUCCCUCCAUCCAAGAGGAAGAAAGGGGGCACCCUGCCUGGCUCUGUGCCCGUCCUGCCCCUCCUGGCUGCCAGCCCCUCCUUUCUGAAAGAGAGCCUGCAAUCCACCUCCUCUCAUGGCAGCAUCAGCUCGCUCAACAGCACAGGGAGCCUGUCCCCCAAACCGAGCCUCAAAUCCACCCAGCCUACAGUAAGCUGGGUGGUUCCGCUGGCAGAUAGGGGGCGCUAUGAUGAGCUCUUCCUGAAGCUGGACUCUGACCUGGAUGGGCUGGUGGGGGGCACUGAGGUCAAGGAGGUCUUCAUGCAGUCAGGGCUCCCCCAGACCAUGCUGGCGCAUGUAUGGACUCUGGCGGACACCAGGCAGAAGGGGAAGCUGACGAGGGAGCAGUUCUCUCUGGCCAUGCACCUCAUUCAGCAGAAGGUGAAACACGGCCUGGACCCCCCCCAGGCCCUCGCUGCCGACAUGCUGCCCCCGUCUGAGCGGGGCGCCCCCGUGCCUUUGCUCUAUGGGUACAUGAGUCCAGUACGGUCUGAAAUGCGCAGAGACAGCUCCAGCUCUGUGGGGUCAGUGGAGUUCACUGGAGUAAAAGAGCUGGAUGACAUCAGCCAGGAGAUCGCUCAGCUGCAGAGAGAGAAGUACACCCUGGAACAGGAAAUUCGGGAGAAGGAGGAAGCCAUCAGGCUGAAGACUAACGACGUUCAGGAGAAGCAGUCGGAUCUGGACCAGGAGAGCAGCGGCCUGCAGGACCUGGAGACGCAGAAGCAGGAUGCCCAGGUGCGCCUGGAGGAGAUGGACCAGCAGAAGUCCAAACUGGGGACCAUGCUGGAGGACGUGCAGCUCAAAUGCCAGGAGGAGGCCCAGAAGAUCUCAUCGGUCCAGGUGCAGAUUCAGGCCCAGGAGUCGGACGUGCAGAGCCAGGAGGACGAGCUGAACCGGGCCAAAGCGGACCUGACCCGUCUGCAGCAGGAGGAGGCUCAGCUGGAGCAGAGCAUCAAGGCCGGGCAGAGCCAGCUGGACACCAUCACGCGGUCCCUGCGUGUGACGCAGGACGAGAUCAACCAGGCCCGCAGUAGACUGGCUCAGAUCAGAGACAGCCAGGAGGAAGUGACCCGGACCAUCGAGCAGUGCAACGCAGCGCUCAACGGCGGGAGCUUGACCAACCUGGCGCACAUGGGCGAUGAGAGCGGCAGUCUGGAGGACUCAUUUCAGACCAAAUCAUCCGCAUUUGGUGGCCACUCCCAGGACCUGCCCGCGGACCCCUUCCGCUCCGAUGACCCCUUCCAAUCCGACCCCUUUAAAGACCCGUUUGGUGCUGACCCUUUCCAAGAGAGCGACCCUUUCAAGACCACCUCGCCUGAGGACUUCUUCACGAAGAGCAGCAAGGCCGACCCCUUUUCCACCUCUGAGCCCUUCAGUAAAAGCACCAAGGCUGCUCCCUUUUCCAGCUCAUCCAGCCCUAAAACGAAAGGCUCAGAGGCGUUUGGGACAGGCGACCCUUUCGGCAGCGGUUCCUAUGGAAACCGGGGCGGGUUUGCAGACUUCAGCCAGAUGUCACAGCGUUUUUCAGAUGACCGUUUUGGCCAAAAAUACGACAUGAAAACUCUAGCCCCAAAGAAAGUGCUGCCGUCCAGACCCACGCCCCCUAGUGUGUGGAAGUGAGGUUCAGUAGUUGGAGUGGGCUUAGCAGGAGAGAGAGGGUGGGGCAGCAGCAUCUUCAGAGGCUCCGCCCCCAAGAGCAGGAGGACCAGGAUUGGCCAUCGAUCUCAGCAAGGCGGAGAUGACCACCGCCCACUUUCAUCAGGGUUCCACCCUCCUCUCCCAAGCCAGGCUCCGCUCAAGUCUACUUUCCUGCUAGCUGGUAUAUAGCAGCUGUCUCUGGGGGGGGCAGGCUGGGGGGGCUAAGGUGGGGGCCUCUGCUACUCUUAUAGUCUGUGGAGAAGGGGAAUGCUUCUGGUUUAUCGUUCUGUGAAAAGCACUGUAUGAAAACAACCAAAAUUGUACCGUAGUUUAUGAGCAAAGCUUUUUAUUUCUUAUUUAUACUCAAAUAUACACUCCUUUUUGUGUGAGCCGGUGGAUGUGAAAGUGUGGGGAAGGCUGGAAUUUAUGGGAUUCUGUCUGGAUUGAAUGUUCAUCAGCACUGCGGAUUUCAUCAGCUGAAGAUUUCUUUUCCCACUGGACUCUGUUUUUUUGUUAAAUUAUUUUAAUUUAUCCUCUUCAAAAUGGCCUCUUGGGUAGGUAGUCUUCAGAGGUGAAAUUGCUUUAUGGUGUGUUAUUGGUCUCUAAGGUGAGUUUUUACUCAUAAAUGGACAGGCACAAGUUAGACACAUUUUUGUAUACUUUUAAAUAUUUGUAUUAUUAUCAGACAUUCUGGUUAAGACAAACCGUAGACUCAGCCAAAUGCUUGUAAACUGGGGGCGUCCUGGGACGGGGGGGAUUCCUCUAUGGGGAGGGAGAAAUUGUACCCAACUGUGAUUUUUGGGGUUGGAGUGUUGGGGUUGGUACUGAUCGUAGGGGUCAGUACUGGGGUUAGUUCUGAUCAUAGGGUCUGAAAUAUUUUGGUUAGUGUCGAUAUGAAGGAGGAUUUUGGGGUUUUGUGCUAACCUUAGGGCUGCGGUUUCCGGAUUAGCACAGAUGUUAGGGUUGCCAUUUUGGAGUGCAUUUGUUACCAUUUGUGUCAAAGUGCUAUAGGAAAAAUGUUUAUAUGGGUUAGGGUUAGGGUUAGAGGAACAGCAGUAGAUGCCCUGUGUGGUUAGGGUUAGGGUUAGAGGAACAGCGGUAGAUGCCCUGUGUGGUUAGGGUUAGGGUUAGAGGAACAGCAGUAGAUGCCCUGUGUGGUUAGGGUUAGAGGAACAGUGGUAGAUGCCCUGUGUGGUUAGGGUUAGAGGAACAGUGGUAGAUGCCCUGUGUGAUUAGGGUUAGGGUUAGAGGAACAGCGGUAGAUGCCCUGUGUGGUUAGGGUUAGGGUUAGAGGAACAGCGGUAGAUGCCCUGUGUGGUUAGGGUUAGGGUUAGAGGAACAGCAGUAGAUGCCCUGUGUGGUUAGGGUUAGGGUUAGAGGAACAGCGGUAGAUGCCCUGUGUGGUUAGGGUUAGGGUUAGAGGAACAGCAGUAGAUGCCCUGUGUGGUUAGGGUUAGGGUUAGAGGAACAGCGGUAGAUGCCCUGUGUGGUUAGUGUUAGGGUUAGAGGAACAGCGGUAGAUGCCCUGUGUGGUUAGGGUUAGGGUUAGUGGAACAGCGGUAGAUGCCCUGUGUGGUUAGUGUUAGGGUUAGAGGAACAGCGGUAGAUGCCCUGUGUGGUUAGGGUUAGGGUUAGUGGAACAGCGGUAGAUGCCCUGUGUGGUUAGGGUUAGGGUUAGAGGAACAGCGGUAGAUGCCCUGUGUGGUUAGGGUUAGAGGAACAGCGGUAGAUGCCCUGUGUGGUUAGGGUUAGAGGAACAGCGGUAGAUGCCCUGUGUGGUUAGGGUUAGUGGAACAGCGGUAGAUGCCCUGUGUGGUUAGGGUUAGGGUUAGUGGAACAGCGGUAGAUGCCCUGUGUGGUGUUCCAGACUCUCCUGUGUGAAGCUCCGUUCCCCACGCUUACUACAAACCUUAAAUUAAACGUUUUUAGGAGUGUGACUGACUGCAGACUGUAUUCAUACAGACACAGUCACAGCAAGCCUUAAAGCCCACAGCUGUACUGUCUUUGUGUUUUUAUUACAUAUCAGAUUUAUUUGUGUGCCGUUGCCUUAAAACCUAACUAAAGGAGGGAAAAAAUCACCCCCUCUACCUGCUGCGCGGAGAGGCUCUCUGAAGUCAUUGUUGUUCUCCUAUCCUAUUGGUCAGUGGCUGUGGCGUCAUAAUCGCACACUGUGCUGAUGCAGCCCUUAGCAGAUUAGCUACUGAAGAUGUAGAGAAGGCUCUGUCAGCUCUGUAAUAUCACGGGCUGCUGUGUGCUGUGGGGACCAAUCAGGACUACUGCCUGCAAAUUUUACCCUUUUACUCUGCUUUCCCCCUGCCUGCACCCCCAAACCUACCUCCUGUGGGUACAACCUUAAAUUCAGCCACUCGCCUUCCCUGAGCCCAGUGUGUUAACUGCCACAGUGCUUUUCAUACAUGUGCUGGUGGGAAGUGUAGUUCACAGCUGAGUAAAGGACCUCCACAACCUCUGAACUACACCACCCAUCAUCCUCCACUUCAGAUAUCAGCCUGCUCAGUCUCCCUCACCAUUCCUCCAUUCAUGCAGUUAAACAAACCUGGAAAGGAGGGACUGCGUUUCACUUUGGGCUGAACCCCAUCUGUGCUCUUUCGCACCCCGGGCUGUCCCCUCUGGCUGCCCCCCCGGGCUGUUACCCUGGACGGCCCCCCCCCCCCCCCCCCCCUU